AUAUCGCACAUCACAGUCUGUGCGAAGCGCCCCGGUAGUCAUGGCAAGAAACCUGAUCUUCUACUGCUGCCUCGUGGCUGCUGUUGCCAUUUCGGCGAAAGCCGCGCCGCAAGACAAGCUCGACAACUUCAACGUGGACGAGAUCCUCAACAACGACCGCCUCUUGAAAUCCUACAUCCAGUGCAUGCUCGAUGCAGAUGAUGGGAAGUGCACCACCGAGGGCAAGGAGAUCAAAAGCAGGCUGCCAAAAUUAUUGGCGACGGGAUGUGGAGACUGCUCGCCUAGCCAGCUGGAGAGGGCUAUCAAGAGCCUGAAGCACAUCACAGAGAAGCACCCUGCAGAGUGGACCAAGCUGAAGGCCAAGUUCGACCCCACGGGCGAGUACACAAAGAAGAACGCCGACACCUGGAAGCAGUACGGCGUCACUCUCUGAGCGCCACGCCAGUCCGAUUCGCCUCUGAGCUGUCGCAGCUCCUCGUACACAGUUCAACAGCAAAUCCUGUCUCUUUACAGACAUUGUCCAUUAUCUUAAAGUCUAUGACAACUUCAUCCAAUUUGGUUACUCACCGUAAUUUCUUAGCUUACACUUGUUCACAAUGUUACUACAAUUAUGAUAUGAAAUAAACGUUUGUUGAGAAA